CGGACACACAGAGCAGGCAUUGAUUCUCGGGCUGGGGAGCGAGGGGGCUGGGGAGCGAGCGUCACUCUCAAACUGGGAACUCACGGAUUCUCGUGCUGAACCGGCGACCUCCUUUUCUCAUUACUGAAGUCCCCUCAGCUGGAUUUAUACUUUGGGACACACGGAGGAGAGAAAAAGAGGGGGAAGGUGAGCUGAGUUUAGCGCAGACCAUUGUCCUUUUGCAGGUAAACUGGGGCCCCAGGUGCGCACUGAGCCGCCUAUCCCAACAACACGGAUGGAAAGAACUUUAAUGUGGAAUCCUCACAGAGUUCUGCAGCGGAGACUGAGAGUAGAGACAGACUGGCAGUUUAUAUUAUAAUUUAUAACGAGUUCAGAGUUAGUAGAGCUGCCACUCGGCUUGUUUUUGUAUAGAAUACGCAGCAAGAAAAGGAGCGCAACAGGCAGAGCUGAGCUUUUAGGUGCAGGAUUUAGGUCCUUUCUGGAAGCGUGUGUGUGAAAGAAGAUGUCCAGAGAGGAGCAGAGUUUUUCAGAGGUUGAACUGAGUCCGGGCAUGUCGGAUGACAGCCGCUCCCUGUCGCCCGGCCCCUCCUCCGGUGCGCCCGGCGGCGGGGACUCGCCCCUCCGCGGCCCGCUGCUGCCGCCCGCGGCCCCGGGCGACCCGCUGGCCGGCGGCUCGGCCCUGAAAUCCGAAGACGAGGAAGAGCACUACCCCGAUGGGAUCCGCGAGGCGGUGAGCCAGGUGCUCAAGUGCUACGACUGGACCCUGGUGCCAAUGCCCGUGCGCGUCAACACGGGCAGCAAGGGCAAGCCGCACGUCAAGAGGCCGAUGAACGCGUUCAUGGUGUGGGCGCAGGCGGCGCGGAGGAAGCUGGCCGACCAACACCCGCACCUGCACAACGCCGAGCUCAGCAAGACCCUGGGCAAGCUCUGGAGGCUUCUCAAUGAGUCUGACAAGCGACCCUUCAUUGAGGAGGCAGAGAGGCUGAGGAAGCAGCACAAGAAGGAUUAUCCAGACUACAAAUACCAGCCACGGCGUCGUAAGAAUGGAAAGCCUGGCUCCAGUUCUGGAAGUGAGGCCGACAGCCAUUUGGAGGGUGAGGUCAGCCACAGCCAGUCCCACUACAAAGGCCUUCACCUGGACGUGGUCCACGGUGGGGGAGCCAAGUCUCCUCUGGCAGAUGGGGACCACUCUCAUGCUGCAGGUGGGCUGCAGGCUCCCUGCCACAAACACUGCACAGUUACCAUCUCUGCCCCACUGUUAGAUUGCUGUCAGAGUCACAGUCCACCCACACCUCCCACCACUCCCAAGACCGAACCUCAGUCUGGGAAGACGGGGGACGGUAAGAGAGAUGGUCCUGGGAACGGGGGCUCCCGUAGUACAAUGGGGGGAGAAGGAGGCUCCGGCGCUCCAGGAUCUGGGAAACCUCAUAUCGACUUUGGCAAUGUGGACAUUGGUGAGAUGAGCCACGAGGUGAUGGCCAACAUGGAGCCUUUCGAUGUCAACGAGUUUGACCAGUACCUUCCCCCAAAUGGGCACCCAGGGGUCGGGCAGAGUGUUGUGGCAGGAGGAUCUGCAACAGUUUCUCCAGCCUCUCCCUACACCUAUGGCAUCUCGUCAGCUCUCGCAGCAGCCAGCGGACACUCGGCAGCCUGGCUGUCCAAGCAGCAGCAGCUACCGCCACAUCACACCUCCGGCCUGGGCUCAGACACCUCCAAGGCUCAGAUCAAAAGUGAAGCUGUGGGUGCUGGGAGUCACUUUGCAGAGGCAGCCUCAGCGGGAACUCACGUCACCUACACGCCCCUCAGCCUUCCUCACUACGGCUCCGCCUUCCCCUCAUUGGCUUCAAGGGCUCAGUUUGCAGAGUAUGCUGACCACCAGGCCUCAGGGUCCUACUACGCCCACCCCAGCCAGGCUUCAGGGUUGUACUCCGCUUUCUCUUACAUGGGGCCUUCCCAGAGGCCCCUGUACACUGCCAUCACCGACCCAGCUAGUGUGUCGCAGUCACACAGCCCCACGCACUGGGAGCAGCCGGUCUACACAACACUGUCACGGCCUUGACGGACAACAAGACCAAAGGGCACCAGUGCAGGUUCAGGCCCGAGAUCAGACCAGAAGCUGUGGCAGCAGCAACAACGGCCGAGUUGAUGAAAGAGGUCUGGUCUGGAGGGAGUGGGCAGGCACUG